AUGGACCGUAUAUCAGAACUGCCUGAUUCCAUCAUUCAUCAUAUGAUGUCUUUUCUCAACAGAUCAGACGUUGCAAGAACGAGCGUGCUAUCUAAAAGAUGGCACAAUUUGUGGGCUUCGUUCCCCAUAUUGAAUUUUGAUGAGUUACACCUUGAACAAAGAUUAAAUGGAAACCCCGAGAGCAUGUGUUGGACUCAAGAGGUUUUCACUGAUGGCUUUAUGAAGCAUAUAGAUGAUAGGGAAACUACAAACAGUAUUUUCUUCAAUCACGUGGAUCGGUCUUUGUCAAGGUUCAUUGAGAACAAGAUUAAGGUUCAGAAAUUUAAGCUUGUUAUAAGGCUCGUGAAUUCUAAAUCCGCUGUAGUUCUUGAAAAAUGGUUGCGAAUGAUCAUCGAGAGCAAUGUUGAAGAGCUUGAUUUGUGGACUUAUCCUGAAAUUUGCGCGCUCUACAACUUGACUCCAUCUAUCUUUGACGCUAAAUCAAUGAAGGCUUUGAAGUUGAAGGAUUGUAAUCUAGGGCUGCCCUUAUGCAAGGAGACUAUCAAUUUCAAUUCUUUACAAAGGCUAUCUCUAGAAACUCUCCAAAUUGAUGAGAAAGUUCUUCAACAUUUCUUUUCUAGUUGCCCUUUGAUCGAAGAACUUGUUCUCAUUCAUUGUAGGGGGUUGAAUAGAUUUCAAGGUGAUCCAGGGCCUAUAAUAUCUUCAACAAUUGCUUUUGGUAAAUGGGUAGAUAAAUCAUUGAGUUUUAACGUCCAUGAUGUUGAGUGGUUCCUGAAAUUGAGAGUUUUUCUUUCAAGAGCACUUCAAUUUAAAGUCUUCACCAAGAAUAUGAGUCAUAACAAGAAGAAGCACAAGAAAUUUCACAUUCUCAAACACGAGUUUGAGUACUUAAAGCUAGAAGAAACUUGA